UCAUAAUGUGAUUUGAUUUCAUUUUCUCAUACGUCAAACAUGGAAGAGGAUCGUCUUUUUGAUGAAAGAAUUUCUAUUCGAGAUUCGGCUCGACCAUUAAAAAAAUAUGGAAGUACAUGCAAUCAUAUGAAGAGGAACGAGGAAUACAUCAAACAUGUUAUGUCAAAGAGUGAUACAUUGCAAGGAAUUGCUCUUAAAUAUGGCGUUACAAUGGAAAAGAUAAGACGAGCGAAUCGUUUGUUUGCGACUGACAGUUUGUUUUUGAGAGAAUAUUUACUGAUUCCUGUAACCAGAGAUUCUCCCUUUUAUGAGAACGGUGAACGGGUUACGGAGCCCGCCAUGCCACUUCAUCGCGCAUCAAUGUCCGAUAUGUCAUCUAGACAGUCACGAGAUUUCUCCCCUGGAAGUCCCGAUGAAAAGAAGAGUUUUGAUAAUUUUCUUAACAGAUUGGAUUCUUCGCUUGCUGAUAUUAAAAAGCAUGUUGAGAAAAGCAAAGAAAAUAGCGAAUUUGUCAAAGACUUGGAGGAUGGGUUUGUGCGUCAUCGGCCGAUAGCCCGGCUGCGUCAGUCAGCGUCGAUGGGUGCCACCUCCUCCGCGUCGUACAACGAGGUGAUUCCUCCCCCGCUGCCGCCGCCCCCUGUCGCGCUCACGCAGGGUCGUCGGGUCGACAGCUCGCUGAAACGCCUCGAGAGGGCGCAUGAUGACCUCUUCCAGUUGUAGCGUUCGAGACAGCGCAGAUAUGCGCGUUUCCAUUGAAUGCGAUGUGGGCGGGUGACGUCACAGCCCACUCGCGUUUCGGACACGACGGCGGGCGGUCGCGUGCCGCCCGCAAUGGACUGAGUGCGCCGCGGUGAGUUCUUCUAACGGCGAGUGAUAUUAGAUAGUCGAUCUUAUGCCUAUCGUAAUACGAUCUGUUUUACUUUUGAUAUAUAUGUUUAUGUAGAUGUGUUGGUAAUAUAGUAAGCAAAUAUUUUUUUUUUAUAAUUUUCCUAAUACCUAACCCUCUAGACA